AUGGCCUCCUCGACUCCCACCACCUAUUUGCUCCCACGCGAUCGCUUCGAAGCCACCAGGCUCUCCUCCCAGCAUCUGCUCUGGCAACUCCACGCCGGCUAUCUGCUUCACCCCGAUAUUCCCCUAAAGGAGGGUAUGGCCAUCGCGGACAUUGGGACCGGAACUGGCAUCUGGGCCAUUGAACUCUCCCCUCACCUGCCCCCCAACGCCCAAGUCGUCGGCUACGACAUCGCAAGCACCCACUUGCCCACCCCGGAAUACUGGCCCGCGAACGUACGCUUCGGCCACCUAGACCCGCUCAGCGAGACGAUCCCCGAAGAGCUAAUCGGGCACUUCGACGUGGUGCACCUGCGCAUGUGGGCGUUUGUCAUCCGGGACAACGACCCCAGCGCGCUCAUCCGGCAUGCGGAAAGAUUGUUGAGGGGCUACCUCCAGUGGGAAGAUGCCCGGUUCGGGAAUAUCGUCACGCGCGAGGGCGACGAGACCGCGCCGCGGUUCCGGGAGCUGAUGCGCCGGAAGUGGACGGUCACCAAGCAUAAUUUCCAAUGGCUCGACGAGCUCGAUCAACACGUCAACCGCCGCGCCGAGCUGGAGGUAGUGCAUUGUCAGUACAAGCCGUGGGCCCCCAGCCUUAUCCCUCUUGUGACGAAUACCUUCAUGCUUGCGCUGGAGAGUAGCAGUGCGCUGUUGGGAAAUCUGAAGCAGGCGGCGCCUUCGGUACCGAGCCGGGAGGAAUGGUUGGAUGCGUUGGCGGCGUUGUAUGAGGAGAUCCAGAAGCCGGGUGGGGCGCAAUUCCACUGGCUACCGGUUAGUGUUUUGGCGAGGAAGAGUGGUUGA